UAUCGAGGCCGUUUUCUAGCCUUUGCUUCUUUACCUCACCAGAGCUUCCAAGGAGAAGAAGACACAGACCUACAGCAUGCUGGGUUUUGGCGGGAAAUCUCUUAUCCAUGUCGUUUCGGGAGUCGGGGGGAACGGGGUUGGCCGAGUUCUAGCUGCCAUGGCUGCUGCUCUGUUGAUCCGCUUGUUUUCAGGACCCGGACCAGUUCUCUUGCCUGCAAACGACGCUGAAGAUGGCGGCGGCGAGAUGGACGAUGACGGAGACGAAGACGCAGCUUCGACCCCUGGGAAAGUUCGUCCCAUCACCAUACGUUGGAAGAACAUCACGUGCUCCCUUUCGGAUAAGUCUUUCAAAUCGGUGCGAUUCCUGCUCAAAAAUGUGAGCGGGGAAGCAAAACCUGGGAGGUUGCUUGCAAUAAUGGGUCCAUCUGGAUCUGGCAAGACAACACUGCUCAAUGUUCUCGCUGGUCAGCUUAACGCAUCACCACGUUUGCAUUUAUCGGGCCGUUUGGACAUCAACGGGGAACCGAGCUCGAACAAAGCUUAUAAGUUUGCAUUUGUGAGACAGGAGGACUUGUUCUUCUCGCAGCUGACAGUGAGGGAAACGCUUUCUAUUGCAACAGAGCUUCAGCUUCGGGAGAUCUCUUCGGAGGAGGAGAGAGACAUGUAUGUAGACAACCUUUUGUUCAAACUGGGUCUGGUCAGCUGUGCAGAUUCGUGUGUUGGUGAUGCAAAAGUCCGUGGGAUCAGCGGUGGAGAAAAGAAGCGUUUGUCGCUGGCAUGUGAAUUGAUCGCUAGUCCGUCUGUAAUAUUUGCUGAUGAACCCACAACCGGGCUUGAUGCAUUCCAGGCUGAGAAAGUGAUGGAGACAUUAAGACAGCUUGCACAAGAUGGGCACACUGUAAUCUGCUCGAUACACCAGCCUAGGGGUUCUGUAUAUGCUAAAUUCGAUGACAUUGUGUUGCUUACAGAGGGAGCACUUCUCUAUGCUGGUCCUGCAGGCAAAGAACCUCUGACAUACUUUGGGAACUUCGGGUUCCUUUGCCCAGAUCAUGUGAACCCUGCCGAAUUUCUGGCUGAUCUUAUGUCCAUUGACUAUAGUUCUUCUGAGAGCGUCUAUUCUUCUCAGAAGAGAGUACAUGCCCUCAUUGAUGCGUUUGCGGAGCUUUCAUCGUCCGUCGUUUAUGCCACCCCGCUUGGCAAAGGAGAACAAACCAGAAAUUCCGUGAGAUCUCACAAGAAAACCAUUGUUAAGAAGAAAGGUGAUUGGUGGAGGCAGUUCUUCUUGCUACUUAAACGUGCUUGGAUGCAGGCUUCUCGAGAUGGGCCCACAAACAAAGUCCGUGCAAGAAUGUCUGUAGCAUCUGCUCUGAUAUUUGGAUCAGUUUUCUGGAGAAUUGGGAAAUCUCAGACAUCAAUUCAAGACCGAAUGGGUUUGCUUCAGGUGGCUGCAAUAAACACAGCUAUGGCGGCUCUUACAAAGACAGUCGGCUUGUUCCCUAAAGAGCGUGCGAUUGUGGACAGAGAACGUGCAAAAGGAUCUUAUUCUUUAGGCCCUUACUUGCUCUCCAAAUUAAUAGCUGAAAUCCCUGUUGGGGCUGCAUUUCCCUUGAUGUUUGGUGCUGUGCUAUACCCCAUGUCACGUCUAAAUCCUACUUUGUCAAGAUUUGGAAAGUUUUGUGGGGUAGUGACUGUGGAGUCCUUUGCCGCGUCUGCAAUGGGUCUAACCGUCGGGGCUAUGGUCCCGACCACAGAGGCUGCAAUGGCAGUGGGACCAUCGCUCAUGACAGUUUUCAUUGUGUUUGGAGGAUACUACGUCAAUGCAGACAGCACUCCGAUCAUCUUCCGCUGGAUUCCCCGUGUUUCUCUUAUCAGAUGGGCCUUCCAGGGACUCUGUAUCAAUGAAUUCAGAGGCCUUCGGUUUGACCAUCAGAACCCAUUUGACAUCCAAACCGGAGAACAGGUGCUGGAAAGGCUUUCCUUUGGAGGAAGCCGGAUAAGGGAGACGAUAACAGCUCAAACCAGGAUCCUACUGUUCUGGUAUUGCACCACCUACCUUCUCCUCCAGAAGAACAAACCCAAGUAUCAGAAGCUUGAGGAACUGCAACUGGAGCCUCUGGAAGGAACAGAAGGUCAUGACCCUUCUGCCCAUCAAGUGGAGCCACACCCAGAUGAUGGUGAACCACAGCAACCUGACGACCAAAUCCGUCCGUUUAUACUGGAAGGUACCAACACUCAGUGAAGAAGGAUUCAUCUCCACCGCAGCGGUCGCGUUUCGUGUUCCGUGAUGCUUUCAUUACGCUGCCUAUGGAAAUAAAUAAAUGAAAAAAGAUUGUUUUGCA